ACAUCCAACUCUACAUAUGUUUAUUCUCUUUUUGAGAUGUUACUUCUUUCAAGCAUGGCAUGAUUUGCAAUAACACUUUAGGUUUGAUUUCCACUCCAUUAUUAUUUGUUCACAUUUAUGAGGCCAGACUCACCCCAGGCAGCUGUUUAUGAAAUCGGACAUGACUCAUUGAUCUGUGAACAUCGAUUCCUAGAACAAUCAACAGACUGAAAGAAAUGUGCCCGAACUUAAAUUACUGUAUGCAUUCACCAAUGCAAAACGAAAAUUCUCAUUUGUUUCACUUUCCAUUUCCAAAUAUGAUACACCAGGAGAGGUCCCAGCUUGGUAUCAAUUAAAUAAAAAUACUGUAAGAAAAUUGCAAAGCACCAGAGGACAUUUUGAACCUUGGGGGAGGACUAGGUUAGACUCCAUUGAUCAAAAUAACUGUGCUCAUUCUGGAUUAGGGCCCCACAGCCACCUGAUCAGAGCCUUUAUAUCUGCAACCAGCAGCAAUUUUUCCACUAAUGAGCCACACACAGUGCAACUUUAAGGUUCUGAGAACCCAAUCGUGAUUUUUUUGUUCACCCAUAAGACAUUAGUCUUUAACCAUGGGGGAUUGGAACUUAUUGGGUGGCAUCCUAGAGGAAGUUCACUCCCACUCAACCAUAGUGGGGAAAAUCUGGCUGACCAUCCUUUUCAUCUUCCGAAUGUUGGUACUUCGUGUGGCUGCUGAGGAUGUCUGGGAUGACGAACAGUCAGCAUUUGCCUGCAACACCCGGCAGCCAGGUUGCAACAAUAUCUGUUAUGAUGAUGCCUUCCCUAUCUCUUUGAUCCGGUUCUGGGUUUUACAGAUCAUCUUCGUGUCUUCUCCUUCUUUGGUCUAUAUGGGCCAUGCACUUUAUAGGCUCAGGGCCUUUGAGAAAGAGAGGCAGAGGAAAAAGUCACACCUUAGAGCCCAGAUGGAGAAUCCAGAGCUUGACUUGGAGGAGCAGCAAAGGAUAGAUAGGGAACUGAGGAGGCUAGAGGAGCAGAAGAGGAUCCAUAAAGUCCCUCUGAAAGGAUGUCUGCUGCGUACUUAUGUCUUACACAUCUUGACCAGAUCUGUACUGGAAGUAGGAUUCAUGAUAGGCCAAUAUAUCCUUUAUGGGUUUCAAAUGCACCCCCUUUACAAAUGCACUCAACCUCCUUGCCCCAAUGCAGUGGAUUGCUUUGUAUCCAGGCCCACUGAGAAGACAAUUUUCAUGCUUUUUAUGCACAGCAUUGCAGCCAUUUCCUUGUUACUCAACAUACUGGAAAUAUUUCAUCUGGGCAUUAGAAAAAUUAUGAGAACACUUUAUAAGAAAUCCAGCAGUGAGGGCAUUGAGGAUGAAACAGGCCCUCCUCCAUUCCAUUUGAAGAAAUAUUCAGUGGCCCAGCAGUGUAUGAUUUGUUCUUCCUUGCCUGAAAGAAUCUCUCCACUUCAAGCUAACAAUCAACAGCAAGUCAUUCGAGUUAAUGUUCCAAAGUCUAAAACCAUGUGGCAAAUCCCACAGCCCAGGCAACUUGAAGUAGACCCUUCCAAUGGGAAAAAAGACUGGUCUGAGAAGGAUCAGCUCAGCGGACAGCUCCAUGUUCACAGCCCUUGUCCCUGGGCUGGCAGUGGUGGAAAUCAGCACCUGGGACAGCAAUCAGACUAUUCCUCAUUUGGCUUACAGAAUACAAUAUCCCAGUCCUGGUUAGGUACAACUAUGGCCCCUAGAAACUGUCCAUCCCAUGCAAUAGGAACCUGGGAGCAGUCCCAGGACCUGGAGCCCUCAGGUGAGCCUCUCACAGAUCUUCAUAGUCACUGCAGAGACAGUGAAGGCAGCAUGAGAGAGAGUGGGCUCUGGAUAGACAGAUCUCACCCAGGCAGUCGCAAGGGCAGCUUUCUGUCCAGAUUGCUGUCUGAAAAGCGACAUCUGCACAGUGACUCAGAGAGCGCUAGUUCUCAGAAUAGCUCCUGCUUGGAUUUUCCUCACCGGGAAAACAGCUCCUCACCUCUGCCUUCAGUCACUGGGCACAGAACAUCAAUGGUAAGACAGACAGCCCUACCGAUCAUGGGACUAUCACAAGAGCUGUUCCAAUCUGGAUGCUUUUCUUUCAUCACUCCUGGGGUGUGUAUGUAUAUUUGUGUUGACAGAGAGGCAGAUGGAGAGGGAGAUUAUUUAUGGAGAGAUAAUAUUCAUUCAAUACAUUCAGUUAAAUUCGAUUCAUAA